AUGCCGGGGAAGCUGAAGGUCAAGAUCGUGGCGGGGCGCCAUUUGCCGGUGAUGGACCGCGCCAGCGACCUCACCGACGCCUUCGUGGAGGUGAAAUUUGGAAAUACAACAUUUAAGACAGAUGUGUAUCCCAAAUCGCUUAAUCCUCAGUGGAAUUCUGAGUGGUUCAAAUUUGAAGUGGAUGAUGAGGAGCUGCAGGACGAGCCCCUGCAGAUCACAGUCCUGGACCACGACACGUACAGUGCCAACGAUGCCAUUGGCAAGGUGUACAUAGACAUCGACCCUCUGCUCUACAGCGAGGCUGCCACGGUCAUUUCAGGCUGGUUUCCAAUUUAUGAUACCAUUCAUGGUAUACGUGGGGAGAUCAACGUGGUGGUGAAAGUAGAUCUCUUCAAUGAUUUAAACAGAUUUAGGCAGUCAUCCUGUGGCGUCAAAUUUUUUUGCACCACGUCCAUCCCCAAGUGCUACCGGGCCGUGGUGAUCCACGGCUUUGUGGAGGAGCUGGUGGUGAACGAGGACCCCGAGUACCAGUGGAUCGACCGCAUCCGCACGCCGCGCGCCUCCAACGAGGCCCGCCAGCGGCUCAUCUCGCUCAUGUCAGGUGAAUUGCAGAGGAAGAUCGGCUUGAAGGUGCUUGAAAUGAGAGGAAAUGCUGUUGUUGGAUAUUUGCAGUGUUUUGAUUUGGAGGGGGAGUCUGGACUCGUAGUGAGAGCCAUAGGAACAGCCUGCACGUUGGAUAAAUUAAGUAACACAUCAGCAUUUUUACCUGCAUGUAACUCCCCAUCCAAAGAAAUGAAGGAGAUUCCUUUCAAUGAAGAUCCCAAUCCCAAUACAUAUUCAUCAGGACCCUCCACCCCUCUGAAAAACCAAACCUAUUCCUUUUCACCUUCCAAGUCCUACAGUCGACAGUCCUCUUCUUCUGACACAGAUUUGAGUUUGACACCCAAAACUGCACCCUCCCCACAGGGACCUAGGAUUUUCCUGUUUCCCAGCUCCCCUACACUCUCUUGUGGUUCCCCACAUGUAAAAAAGUCCUGUCUGCUCCUCUCGGGGUCUAGCGUUAAACCUCUGCACUGUAGCCAUGUCAGCCCAGUUGUUCUGAGGAAAAGUGUUUCUUUCACUGAGGAGCUGCUGCUGGCUGCUUCUGGAAUGGGCAGUGGGAGUGCUGGAAAAGAAGGGGGGCCAUUUAAAACUCUUUUAAGACAACAGACUCAAUCAGCUCUGGAACAAAGGGAGUUCCCCUUCUUCACCCUGACCUCCUUCCCGCCCGGCUUCCUGCUGCACGUCGGGGGCAUCGUCAGCGCGCGCUCCGUCAAGCUGCUGGACCGCAUCCACAACCCCGAUGAACCAGAGACACGAGAUGCCUGGUGGGCAGAAAUCAGACAAGAGAUAAAAUCCCAUGCCAAGGCAUUGGGUUGUCAUGCUGUAGUGGGCUACAGUGAAUCAACCAGCAUUUGUGAAGAGGUCUGUAUUUUGUCCGCAUCUGGCACAGCAGCUGUACUGAACCCUAGGUUCCUUCAGGAUGGCACCAUGGAAGGCUGUUUGGAACAAAGGAUUGAAGAAGCUUCACCGCCAGGUUGUGGAUUUUGCCAUAUCCCAUAUGAUGAAUUGAACAUGCCAUUUCCUGCCCACCUCACUUACUGUUACAACUGCAGGAAGCAAAAAGUUCCUGAUGUCCUUUUCACCACAAUCGACCUUCCUGUAGAGGCAAUAGUUAUUGGGAAGGGAUGUCUCAUUCAAGCCAGGCUGUGCCGGCUGAAGAAGAAAGCUCAGGCUGAGGCCAACGCCACCUCCAUCAGCAACCUGCUGCCCUUCAUGGAGUACGAAGUGCACACGCAGCUGAUGAACAAACUCAAGCUGAGGGGAAUGAAUGCCCUCUUUGGGCUCAGAAUUCAGAUCACUGUGGGGGAGAACAUGCUGAUGGGCUUGGCAUCUGCAACAGGUGUGUAUUUAGCAGCUCUGCCCACACCUGGAGGCAUUCAGAUUGCUGGCAAGACUCCAAACGAUGGCACCUAUGAGCAGCACAUAUCCCAUAUGCAAAAGAAAAUAAAUGAUACAAUAGCAAAGAACAAGGAACUCUAUGAGAUUAAUCCUCCAGAGUUACCUGAAGAAAUUAUUGGGUCUCCCAUUCCAGAGCCAAGACAGCGUUCCAGGCUGUUGAGAUCUCAGUCAGAAAGCUCUGAUGAAGUUACAGAGCUUGACCUUUCACAUGGGAAGAAGGAUGCUUUUGUCUUGGAGAUUGAUGACACGGAUGCAAUGGAAGAUGUGCAUUCUUUACUGACAGAUGUUCCACCACCUUCUGGUUUCUACAGUUGCAACACAGAAAUUAUGCCUGGUAUAAAUAACUGGACAUCGGAAAUUCAAAUGUUCACAGCAGUUAGAGUGUCCAGAUUAAGCAACAUUAACCCAACAAAUCAAACACUCAAUAAGAACUUUAAUGAUCUCUGUGAGAAUCUGCUGAAGAGUUUGUAUUUCAAGCUGCGCUCCAUGGUGCCCUGCUGCCUCUGCCACGUCAACUUCACCGUGGCUCUGCCCGAGGAUGAGCUGGUGCAGAUUGCAGUCACAGCUGUUGCCAUUACAUAUGACAAAAACCAAGCACUACAAGCCAACAAAGCACCUACAGAAAAAUCACAGCAAAGAGCAUCUACAGAUAAUGAAGAACAGCUCCAGUUUCCCUUGGAACUUUCCUCUGACCCCCUUUCUUCUCAACCAUUCUCUCCAGCUAAAGAAGCCCUGGAGGGUGCAAGCUCCCACACAGGUAUUCCUGCUGCUCAGAGAGCAACGUCAGUUGAUUACAGUUCCUUUGCAGACAGAUGCAACAGCUGGAUAGAGCUCAUUAAACUGAAAGCUCAGACCAUAAGGCGCGGAUCAAUUAAGACAACUCCUUCCCUUGAAAAGGCAAGCCCGUUGGCUGAGGGGUACUUGAGGCACCGUUCCGUCCCGUCGGGCACCAAUUCCACUGUCUCAGUUGUUAAGAUGACUCCUCUUUCCUUCCUCCCUGGGGCGAAAAUAACCAAAUACCUUGGGAUAAUCAACAUGUUUUUUAUUCGAGAAACCACUUCCUUGCGCGAGGAGGGUGGUGUCAGUGGCUUCCUGCACGCCUUCAUUGCUGAAGUGUUUGCCAUGGUGAGAGCCCACGUUGCAGCUCUGGGAGGGAAUGCAGUUGUGUCAUACAUAAUGAAGCAGUGUGUUUUCAUGGAGAACCCAAACAAAAAUCAGGCGCAGUGUCUGAUCAACGUCAGCGGCGACGCCGUGAUCUUCGUGCGCGAGUCGGAGCUGGAGGCGCUGCCCGUGCCGGCUCCUGUGGCCGCGGCCCAGCCCGCGGGCUCUGCUGGGGACGUCACCACGUGAGGGCACAG